AGUUCGAAUUAUUUAUUUUAAUGAUCUAAAAUUGCUAGCUCGUAUGAUGGCCAUCUCUCCUGUCUCAUCUGGUAUCUGAUAUCCCAAAUGAUAUGCAUCCAAUUUUCCAUCCUAAAAAUCUGAAAGCCCAGCUUCCCAAAUGAGUCCGCUGAACAUUCAUGGCCACUGCCAUCUCAAAUCCCUUCAUCCCCUUCACCGCACUGCCCCCCUUCGCCCGUAGAAAACGUCCUUUCCAACCCCGCCACUCUUCUCAGACUUCUUUCCCUCUCCACUCCACCUCUCUCUCUCCCUUCAUUCAACCCAACAAAACCCCGAACCUCUCCUUAUCCUCUCUCCCCCUUCUCCCGCCACCCCUCGGCAACACCCAAAACCCGGAACUCGAUCUCUUCCACGAUGACCGCCGCCUCCGCCACCUCCUCCGCCACCUCCUCCGCCUCGCCGCCGACUAUCGCGACCUCGCCCUCGGGAAAGCCGUCCACGCCGUCGUCGUCAAGGUCGGAGACCGCGCCGAUGACGACACGCCCCUCGCCAACGCCCUCAUCUCCAUGUACCUCAAGCUCGGCCGCCUCGCUGACGCCCGCAAGGCGUUCGAAUGCUUGCCGUGCCCUGACGUCGCCUCUUUCACAGCCCUCGUCUCCGGCUACGCCAAAUGCGGUUGCGAGGCGGAGGCGGUCGACCUGUUCUGCCGAAUGCGGCUGUCGGGCAUCGACCCAAAUCAAUUCAGCUUCGUCGCCAUCUUGACUGAUUGCAUUCGUCAGGCGAAUUCUCAAUUGGGGGCUCAAGUUCACGCCUUGGCGGUCAAAACCUACCACUGUUCUUGCGUGCAUGUCUCCAAUGCUCUGGUUGGGAUGUAUGUGAAGUGUGGCCGUGUUGAUGCUGCUGUCCAAUUGUUUGGUGAUAUGCCCGAGAGAGAUGUGUCAUCGUGGAAUACAGUUAUUUUGGGCAUGAUCGAGGACUGUCGAUAUCAUGAAGCAUUCGAGCUGUUUCAUGAUAUGCAAAUCAAUGGAUAUCAUGGCGACCAUUUCACUCUGUCAACCCUACUUAGUGCUUCUGCAGAGAGUUUCGCCUAUGCUGAAGGGGAGGCUAUCCAUGCAUACGCUCUUAAAACUGGGUUGGAGUUGGAGUUGAGCGUAGGCAAUGCUCUCAUAGGGCUCUACAGUAAGUUUGGUGGUGUAGAAGAUGUGGUUGAUGUGUUUCAGGGGAUGCCGGUAAGGGAUGUGAUAUCAUGGACCGGAAUGCUUAGCGGGUUUAUGGAAUUUGGUUUAGUGGAGUCGGCUGUGGAGGUCUUUGAUCAAAUGCCUGAGAGAAAUUGCAUCUCAUAUAGUGCUCUCUUAGCUGGGUUUUGCAAGAAUGGUGAAGGUUAUCAGGGGCUAAAAUUGUUUCAGCAGAUUUUGGAGGAUAGAAUGGAGAUUUCAGAUAUCACUCUGACAAGUGCCAUUAAUGCUUGUGCGAUGGUCUCAGAUAGGAAGCAGAGUGAGCAGAUUCAUGCAUUCAUGGUUAAGGUCGGUUGCGAGUCGAAUGAUUGGAUCGAAGCAGCUCUGAUAGACAUGUGCUCCAAAUGUGGUAGAAUGGAAGAUGCUCAGAAGAUGUUUGGAACUUCGGUUCAUAAUAGAACCUUUUCAAUGUCCUGGACUUCUCUUAUAUGUGCCCAUGCUAAAAAUGGGCAGCCAGAUGAGGCUAUAUCUCUUUUUCAUGUGAUGUUAAAGAGAGAUGGCAUGGUUCACAUGGAUGAAUUCAUGUUAGCCACAGUCCUUGGAGUCUGUGGAACCUUGGGAUUUGGUGUCCUGGGAAAGCAAAUCCAUGGUUUUGUUGCUAAAUCUGGGAUGUCAUCUGAUCUUGCAGUAGAGAAUGCAAUCUUCAGCAUGUAUGCUAAGUGCGGCAACUUGGUGGAUGCUAUUACUUUCUUUGACCAAAUGCCUAGACAUGAUGUAGUGUCAUGGAAUGCAUUGAUCACUGCUCAUCUUCUUCACCGUCAAGGUGACAGUGCUUUGGAUGUGUGGGCUAACAUGGCGGACUUGGGUGUAAAGCCUGAUUCCAUCACCUUCUAUUUGAUCUUUUCAGCUUGCAAAUAUACUAGCUCAAACUCAGUCAGUACUUGUCAAAGACUGUUUUGCUCUAUGGGAAGUGCCUAUGACAUCGAGCCAACUUCUGAGCACUAUGCUGCCAUGGUUGAUGUCUUAGGUUUUUGGGGUAGCUUCAAUGAAGCUAAAAGGUUAAUAAAGAGCAUGCCUUUCAAAGCUGAUGCAUCCAUUUGGCGAGCUUUACUUGACAAUUGUAGAUUGCGCUCAAAUCUGAGUCUGGGAAGACAGGCUGUGCAGCACCUCCUUGCUUUGGAACCACAAGAUCCAUCAACCUACAUCCUUGUAUCAAAUCUUUACUCUGCUUCUGGGAGAUGGCAUUGCUCGGAUAAGGUAAGGGAUGAGAUGCGGGGAAAGGGCUUUUGCAAGCAUCCUGCACGAAGCUGGACCAUUCAUCAGAAUGCAGUGCAUUCAUUCUUUGCAAGGGAUAGAUCACAUCCACAGAACAAAGACAUCUAUAGUGGAUUGGAUAUACUGAUCCUGGAGUGUAUGAAGGCUGGGUAUCAACCAGAUACAAGCUUUGUGCUACAUGAGGUGGAAGAAUACCAGAAGAAACACUUCCUCUUUUAUCACAGCGCUAAACUAGCUGUCAUGUAUGGGAUCCUAAUGACUGGCCCUGGACAGCCCGUGCGAAUUGUGAAAAACAUUCGUCUGUGCGGUGAUUGCCAUGCAUUCAUGAAUUACGUUUCUACUGUGACUGGGAGAGAGAUUUCAGUGAGGGAUGCGACUGGAUUUCACAAUUUUAAGAGGGGAAAAUGCUCUUGUGGAGAUUACUGGUGAUCCAACCGCAGAGACAAUUUGUUGCUCAUAGUCCUUGUACCAAUUGUAAACAAAAGAGUAGUGUAUUAUUGGUGAUUAUCUGAUACAAUUUUUUUAAAGAAAUAUUUGUUUUAUGUUGUAUCC